GAAUAAUUUGCGCUUAUCCAAAGUUACAGUGCAACAUAGAGAAUGUCGACAGAGAGAAUAAGAAUGAAGAGAGUAUGUUUUGUCUUGUUUUUGUGUUUAUGCUAUUGUGAAGCCCGCGUUAAGUUGCGUCUAGCUGGAGGAAAACAUUAUUACGAAGGUCGUGUUGAGGUGUUUGUCAAUGGAAAAUGGGCAGUUAUAUCUGCUCAGAGUUGGGGGAAAAAAGCUGGCCAAGUUGUGUGUCGACAGCUGGGAUUUGGUGGUAAAAUUAUCCGUUAUUCUCAAGGGACUGUCUAUGGGCAUCCUUCAAGGCCCGUUCCUGUCUAUCUUGAAAUGAUCAAAUGUCAAGGAACAGAGACUCAUAUUGAUGACUGUACCCAUAGUGGUUGGGUCAAACCACGACGAAGAUUGAAUUUCUAUAAUUUAGCUGGUGUUAUGUGUUUUACUGAAGUAGGGCAAUUUCUAAGACCCAAUGUUUCCUCAACAUGGUCAGGUUUUAAGUCAUCGCAGAUAGAAAUAUCGUUAGAUGGUACUGUUGAAAACGGUAUCGUAAGCGCUGGUUAUUUUCGAAUAUCUUACCAAGGCAAUAUUGGUUACGUGUGCGCUCAAAGCUGGAAAGAAAAUCCUGGUAACAUGAGGGUUGCAUGUGGAGAAUUGGGUUUUCCCAACGCUUCAGAAAUGGUUGCAAAACAAAGUAGCCAAAACAUCAUUCUUAGUCGUCUGGCAUGUAAUGGUUCAGAGUCAUCUAUUCUUUCCUGUAAACAAUUUGGAUUUACUGUACAAGGCCAGUCUUGCCAGAAUAACGAUGUCGUGUGGCUGAAUUGUACACUUGGCAACAGGACUUCUCGUUCAAAAAACUAUGCGAUUCUUAAACUUCGUGGUGCUGCCUAUCCUUGGGCCGGACGUAUUGAAUUGAAAUUCAGACGUAGCUGGGCAAACCUUUGUGACGAUAAAUAUAAUUUACUGACUGCGAACGUGAUUUGCCGUACACUUGGUUAUGGUACAGCAAAAGAGGCUAAUUUUGCUGCAAAGUAUGGCCAAGGAACACAACUGAACGUUGUGGAAGAGGUAUCUUGUGAUGGUGACGAAACAGACAUAAAACAAUGUCGAUGGUCCGUCCUAAAAAAGUCGAAAUGUACUCAUUUUGAAGAUGCAGGUGUGGAAUGUAAUGUUCCAAAGUAUCAACUUCGUGAGGUUCGACUGGCCGGGGGUAGUACUUCUUCUGAAGGUCGUGUCGAAGUAAAAAUCAACGGACAGUGGGGAACAGUUUGUGGAGAUGCUUGGUUCGUGAAAUCAGCUAUGAUCGUAUGUAGAGAGUUAGGUCUUAACUUUGCAAAAGCAAAUAUCACUGGAGACAAAUACGGAGUCGGUGCAAAGAUGGUGAUGAGUAAACCAAUUUGUAUCGGAGAUGAACUAUCCUUGACACAAUGUCUACGUGACGAUCAGGUCACGUGUUCAUCUAAUGAUAGUUUUGCAGCAGUUCAAUGUACAGAUGUCCUACCUGAUUUGGCUUUGAGUAUUCGUGAUAUUUACCGUACUCUUCGUGUGAAUUUCCUACCUAAUGAAAUGCUACAAUGCUCCUUUGAGGAAAACUGCCUUGAUAGUUCAGCAAAGAUUUACAUGCGAGAAGAAUAUAUUACUUACUACAAAAGACGCCUAAUGCGAUUUAGUUCGCUCAUUUUGAACUUCGGCUCUGCCGACUACCGUCCUUAUGCAAAGAAAGAGGAUUGGAUUUGGCACAGUUGUCAUAAACAUUUUCACUCUGAGGAAGAAUUUGCCACAUAUGACUUGUUAAGUGCAGACGGAGCUAGGAAAAAAAUUGCAGAGGGUCACAAGGCGAGUUUCUGUCUGGAGGAUACGAGUUGCCUGCCCGGAAUAGAUAGGAAAUACAACUGCACCUCUGGAAUUCAAGGGAUUUCAAUGAACUGUUAUGAUGAUUAUGCUUACAACAUUGACUGUCAGUGGAUAGAUGUGACAACAGUUGAUUAUCCUAGAUCCUAUAUAUUUCAGGUCAAUAUCAAUCCAAAUCUUAUAGUUCCUGAAACAGAUUUUGACAAUAAUGUGGUCAUCUGCGAUAUAUUUGAUCGAGGCUCGUCCAUUCGCGUUAGACACUGCGGUUAUGAUUAUUGUACAAGUGGUUUGAGAUCUCACGGUGGGAAUGCAAACAAAGCAUGUUGUGUAUUUCCAUUUUACUUCAAAGGUGUCUGGUACGACACUUGCACAAAAUCCGGAUUUAGCAAAUACUGGUGUUCUACGACCACAAUUUAUCAAGGAAAUUUCAAGUGGGGUCUCUGUUAGAUGCUUGUUUUUUGUGUAAAUUUUUAUUUUCAGUCGACUUUUAAGUAUAUACACGAGAUCCAUUCUCAAAUUUCAUAAUUAAUUUUGUAUAAAACAUGUUGAAAUUCAUUCUUCAUGAUAUUGUGCAAAUAUCGUGGAGGUGUAUUAAUGAAAAAAUGAACCAAUAGUAUUCUUAUGGUGUGUUAAAUCAUCGAUGAACGUACAAAUGUCACAUGCUUACGUCAAAUAUAUUUGUUUGAGAAAAUAUAA